AUGUACACAUCUAUCAGCAAACUCGUCGUCCUCGGCCUCGCUGCUGUCGCAAAUGCACACAUGGUCAUGAACACUCCAAUACCAUUCAGACAGGAUCUCAAUAACUCUCCUAUGCUCUUCCCAUCACAAUUCCCUUGCAAGCAACGAGGCGCUGCUACCUAUGCCACAACUUCCCGUACCGAUAUGGCAAUCGGAUCCACACAGCCUCUCAAGUUCACCGGCAGUGCAGUUCACGGCGGAGGAUCUUGUCAGAUCAGCUUAACUUAUGACACGGAGCCCACCGUGAAGAGUGUCUGGCGUGUGCUGGCGAGUAUCGAGGGAGGUUGCCCGGCCGCUGGGACAGAUGGCAAUCUUGGGGAUAACGCAAGUCAACCCAGUCCAACAGAAUACACCUUUCCUAUUCCCGAUAUUCCAACUGGUGACGCAGUCUUGGCCUGGACCUGGUUCAACAAAGUGGGCAACAGAGAAUUCUAUAUGAAUUGUGCACCUGUCACCAUCGGUGCUGGCUCCGUCAAGCGCGACGAAGAAAAUGCCACCAUGCUUAUGGAACGCGACCAAUCAACAUACGAUUCUCUGCCAUUGAUGUUCACAGCCAAUAUUCCAGGUCUCUUUGAUAACGAAACCCCGGAAGGAUUUGAUGUUGGAUUCCCCAACCCAGGUAAAGCUGUCACCAGAAUGGGUUCAGGAACACCUACGACCCUCCCAGGUGGCUCCCAACCUACAGGCGGUGCAUCCCCGGCCAAGACUUCAUCUCCUGUCGCUUCGCCAACUAGCACCACCUCACCUACAACUGGAGCUCCAAAGCCUACGUCUCCGGGACUUCCAGGCGGUGUCUUUGCAACAGUCCCCAGUUCAGCUGCCACUAAAGCACCACCAGCACCACCAGCUCAACCACCAAGCCCAAAUGCUUCCACACCCGCUAGCCCAUCUGCCAGCCCAUCGCCAUCGAAGAGUGCACCAUCAGCUCCAGCCAGUACUGGCUCAACAGGCUCCGGCUCCGCACUGAGCGGCAAAUGUGCAAGUGAAGGACAAUGGAACUGUGUUGGAGGCACCUCAUUCCAGCAAUGCGCCAGUGGAUCCUGGUCUCCGGUGCAACCGAUGGCAGGUGGAAUGCAAUGUGAACCUGGACAAUCAUCUACUCUGAAUAUGUCUGCCAAAUCGGUAGCAGUUAAGCGAGCCAGAGGCAUCCGAUUUUCCGAGGGACACGCCCGCCGAAACGCCCAGAUAUAA